AUGGAGCCCGGGCCCGCGGACGCCUGGGACCCGUACCGCCGCCCGGCGCGCCGGACGCAGUGGCUGGUGAGCGCCCUGGCCCAUCACUACCGGCUAGACCGAGGUGUGGAAAACGAGAUCGUGGUGCUGGCCACUGGUCUGGACCAGUACCUGCAGGAGGUCUUCCACCACCUGGACUGCAAAGGGGACGGCCGCCUGUCCGGGGAGGACUUCCGCGUGCUGUGCAGGGUCCUGGGGCUCCGGCCCGAGGAAGGAUGCAGCGGGGAGACAGAGGAGGAGGACGAAGAGGAGCGCGCCGCGCUCUGGGACGACCUGGCCCCGGAGCUCACCUUCCGCCAAUUCCACGCUCGCCUCUGUGGCUACUUCAGCACCCGAGCGGGGGCACGGGAGGGCCCCGAGGGCAACCGCCUGCCGGUGGGCCCCGAGAGUGAGCACAUUGAGACCCAGAUCCGCCUGCGCAGCCCCCUGCGCCGGCGCCGGGAGCGACUUGGGGCGUCUGCUGUCCCAGCUGCGUCCGGGCGCACCCGGAGCUCCCCUCCCACCUCGGGGGUCGCCGGCGCGGGCUCUGUGGGCUGCUCGAGGGAGUGCUACGAGGAGGUGGUGGCUCUGGAGCAGGCAGAGGACCGCGUUGCCAAGCUGGAGGAGGAGAACGCCAGCCUUCGGGAACUUGUGGAGGACAUGAGAGCCGCCCUCCAGAGCAGCGACGCACGCUGCCUGGCACUGCAGGUGGGACUCUGGAAAAGCCAUGCCAGUAACAAGCAAGAUGGCAGCUGCUUCUCUGGGUCCAGGAUGUCAUCAAGCCAUGGAGCCCCCCAGACCACCAAAGGCCUCCAGAGCAUGCUAAAGGAAGUCGAGCUGAUCCGGAGCUCCAGGGAUGGUCAGAUCGAAGAAGCGAUUCAGGUGAAUCAAGAAUUGACCAAGGAGUUGAGGCAGUGCCAGGAAGCCCUGGUGGCCUCUGAGGACUGCAACCGCCAUCUCAAGAAGGAGCAGGCAGAAAUGAGGAAGAAAGUGGAGGAGGCCAGGCAGGCAGUGCUGAGUGGCCUGGGGAAGGUGAGGGAGCUGGAAGCCCAGGCCACCCAAGUACUGCAUCUCCAGAUGUGCAUCCAGCAGCUGGAACUAGAGCUACGGUAUUACAGGUCAGAAAUCAGGAAGCUACCUGCCCCACUGAAUGAUCAGACAACGCCACCAGAAGAUGGUGAGUCAGAAACUGGAAGAGCUUCCUCUCCUGAGCAGCCAGAUGGAAUCUCUCCUCCUGAGGGGGCAGGAGCUUCAGAAGACAGUAUAAGCGGCAGAUAUGCUGAUGAAGGAGAUGAGCAGCUGUUUCGCUCUGUGGAGGGUCAGGCAGCUUCAGAUGAAGAGGAGGAAAAGUGGACGGGGGAGCAGCAGACCCAGGUGGCGGAAGUGAAGAAGCUACUGGCCCGCAUUUCUAGCUGUGGGAAUGGAUGUGAUGACAAAACAGCCAAGAAGCUCAUGUCCUACUUUGGCCACUUUGGCAGUGAUGAACACACCAGUGCCCUGGGGGAACUGGGAGAGCAGAUUGUUACCCUGACAGAGCAGCUGGGGAACAUGGGUCAAGACGUGAAGGUGCUUGACCUCGGUGAUCAGGAGGUGAGAUGCCCAAGACAGCUUGGCCCAAAUAUAUCAAAAAGAGUCUUGGGGAAAAUGUUGCUGAACACCUUGGAAUCCUGUCAGGACCCCCAACAUGAGAAGGCCCAUACCUUUGAAGUCCUAGAUGCCUUGUACCGGACCCUGGCGAGCUGUGAACUCCUACAGAAACAGCCUUUGGAGCAGACCCAGGCGCCCCAAGCCCUCGCCAACCAGCUCAUCAUCUCCUGUUGAGCGUUGGGGUCCUUCCCAGCUCUACAGAGACCUGCCUGCAGCCAAGCUCUGUAGUAGAUCUACAGCCACUUGAAAUACAAGUGGACAUCCCUACUGGGCCCACCAAGUACAGAACCUCUACAAAGGAAUCCCUUCCCCUUGGACACUUGACUGCCCCAUGAGCUCUCCUACAAUGAAGUGUUUCAGGGGCCACUGGGACUCCCACUGCUGAUAAAACAAUACUCCCACCACCGAGGUUAAUCUGUGGAGGACAAGGUUGGGCCCAGACCUGGUCUGAGAGGUUGAUGGGACCCCAAGAAUCACAGGGCCAACACCUGCAUCUAAUUGGGGCUUCCCUCAUCAGGGCCAUCCUACCUUGGGGAUUGCAUCUCUCCCUUUGACUGAAUGGUGCUUCACGUUGAUAAUUUUCCUCCUGGGCCAUAUCCAAACUCCUAAUUUAUGCUGAUAAAUUUCAGUUUAAACCUGUCAGAUUAAAGCUGUCAGAGCUUUUCUGACACCCUACAACCCCUUGCAACCUCUGGGCCUUCCUCCCACCAUAAGAUUCUCUCCUCUUCCAGGCUGGGGUUCCCUCCACUAAAACCUAUGAAAUCGGGCAACCAUUCAGGCUUUACUGCAACCUAAACGUGUACCCAAAAUUGCCCUGGGCACCACAGGGGAAGAGAAGAACAAAAAUAAAUAAAUAAAUGAAAAGAUUGGGGAAACUAGAAUA